AUGGUGGUUUCUGACUUGGACAGCUCAGAGGAGCUUAUGAUCCGCUUGCCUAACUUGUUCACUGACGUUAUGGCUGGUCAAUAUGCUAAAAAUGUAUUCUAUGAGAAGGUCAAGUCAGUGGCCGAACGUUGGAUAGAGCAGACACUGAAGAUGGAUGAAAAGGCCGUCGAAAGAAACAAAAAGGCCGACUUUUGCCUGCUGAGUGCCCUGUGGACUCCAGAAGGGGAUGAAUGGGGCUUGAGACUCGUUACUGAUUGGAAUCAUUGGGCGUUCCCGUGGGAUGACCAGUUUGAUGAAGGCCAUCUCAAGCUCGAUGCGCCAAAGGCGGCAGACGAAGUUAUGAACACCCUGGCAAUCCUUGACGACACACAACCACUGAUCUCAACCGAAGAAAACCCUAUUAGCCACGCGUUCCAGACUGUGUGGCUCCACUUCAAAGAAGUAAGACAUUCAACUGUGGUAUUGGUGUGGCGUAUGUCUCUUUUCUGA